AUGCGCCUUUAUUGGCUUUCCCUUCUUCCAAUUGGCUUUGCAUUUCCGAUUAUUGGUCGAUCAAAAGAGGAAAGUAAUCGAAAACUCGAAGGAACUGAGAAUUCAGUUGAUCUCAAUGGUGAUGGAGAGCUCAGCUUGCCGGAAGUACAAUAUGCGGCUUUUGUUCACCAUGGUCUCAGCGGAUCGGUUGUACAAGAUAUGUUUAAACAGGUGGAUCACAAUCACAACAAGUACCUCGACUCAAAAGAAUUCAACGAGAUUCGACCACUUGUUUUAAUGAAAGCUGAAAACGCGGCCGCUCAUUAUCUAGAAAGUGUUGAUAGAAAUCAUAACUCGAGGCUUUCACUGAAAGAAGCUCAAGCGUACAUCUUGAAAGAAUACUGCAUUGGAGCAAGAGACGUUGAACGAGUGUGGAAACUGGUCGAAGCAGACACAAAAGCCGAAAUGGACGCGUCAAUUUUCUCAAAGUUGCGGAGAAGAAUUCGCGGAAUGAGCAUCCGCUUGGCACGACAAAUCAUGAAGACGGCCGAUCUUAACACCGAUGGACACAUUUCUCGAGAUGAGGCGCAAGCUAUCGCUUUUGAGCAAGAAGGAAUAGGCGCUGGAGACGUUAACGAGAUUUUUUUCUCUGUUGAUGACAAUGGCGAUGAUCAGCUUAAUGCACCGGAGUUUGCCGAUUUUGAGCGAAUCGUGAGAGCAAGAGCGGUGGCUACGAGUGAGAAAGCCCUCAAAAUGAUAGAUGUCGACAAUUCGGGAACUGUCACUUUCAAUGAGGCCAAACAGAUCGCUUUUGAGCACUACGGCUUUAACAAUCAUAUUCUUUCACAAUUCUUUGCGCAAGCUGAUGAGAAUGAAGAUGGACAAUUGGACGCGGUUGAAUUUGCCGGUUUUCGUACAGUGAUCCGUGCGAGAGCUGUCUUGAAUGCUAUUGAAGUGCUAAAAGCAGCAGAUCAAGAUGAAGAUGGAUUCAUUUCGCGGUUGGAAGCUGAGGCAAAGACAAAAUCUGAGGACGAUCUCGAACCAUCAGCGACAAGCUCUCUCUUCACAAUCGCUGAUCAGAAUAAAUCGGGAAAAUUGGACAAAGUCGAGCUAGCCGAUUUCCUUCGUUUAGUGCGACUCUCGGCGAUUAAGCUGGCCACCGAUCAUUUCAAGGAAUUUGACAACAAUCAAGACAAUUUGGUCACCAUCGAUGAAUUGGCUCACCUUAUUACAACAAAAUAUCGGCUUUCUCGUGAAGUGGCUGCUUUACUUUUCAAGAAAGUUGACAUUGAUGAUGAUGGAUCGUUGAGUUCGGGAGAGAUUGUUGACUUUAGGCACGAAGUACGAAAGUAUGUUUCCGAACAUGGAGAGGACUUAUCGACAAGUGAUUCAACCACAGCUCUAAGUCCAACGUUAAUCGAUAUCAAAUCAACAUUAGCGCUUGAAAACGUGACUCCAACGCUGGCUCAUUUGUCCGAUAAAAGCUUUGGUGGAGAAGAAAUAAUCGAAUACGUUGAGUCGGAAGAUGGAAAUCCGAUUGACGAGACAAUCGAAUAUGUCGAAGAGAAUGAGGAAAAUGGAGAAGAUGGUGAAGAAGAAGAACCGAAGUCGACCAAAAAGAGAACCAAU